AUGAAAGUUUCCCGCCUAUUGAAUUUAGGCCUACUGGUCGUGACAGAGGCUCUUGCAACUACUGGUGAGUUAAACUUGGAAAAAGAGUUCAGAGAACUUGCAAAUUAUGAUUUUGAUUUAGAUUCGAUGUCAUACUAUAGUCAUAUGGCAAUCGAAGAAGCGGUAAACUGGCUUGAACAACAUGACAUUAGUAGCAUUUCUGAAUGCUUCGGAUAUUACAAUGGAAAUAGAGUAGAUACUGGAAAGUUACAAGCAUUGGUAGCAAAAGGCCAUGAAUUUUACAAGAUUUCUGACUUUUUUAAAAGCGGAAUGAACUUUGUCGCUGAUGUGGUAGAGCUUUCUAAAGAAUCACAUAAAUUCCAAUGGUGGAAACAUGGAUUUAUGCAGAGUUUAAUCAGAUUGGGAACGGCAGAAUUAUUUGAUAAAGUCUUAACGGAAAACUUCGGCGUUGAUCUCAACGAAAUAAUGGAAAUCUAUAGGGAUUUCGAAGUACAAUUAGAAUCCGUUGACGUUUUAGGUACAAUUUUGGAUGCACCUACGAACCAUGCUCCAAAGGGAGCAAAACCAUUCCCAUGGAAUGGGCCUAGUGAUUCUGUGGCAGUACCAAAUAUACAGCCUAAAGAUUCGCCAUGGGAUAUGCCAACAGAUAUUCCUCAUUCUGGAGUAGCGAAUGAAGAUGAUGAAUUUAAUGACAGAAUUGAUGAUGACGACGAACUAGAUGACGACGAGGAUGAUGACUUCGACUUUGAUGAAGACGAUGAAGAGGAUGAACAGGAGCCAUCAGAAGCUCCCGAAGAAAGAGAAGAAGAAGAAGAAGACAUAGUAUAUCCAUCAUGUACUGCCACAAUUACAUCUUACACUUCAGCUCCCACAGAUGUAGACGACUCUUCAUCAAGUACAGAUGACGAGGACUCUUCUACUGAUGAUUGCCAUAGGAGUCACGAUGAUGAAGACUCUACAUCAACUGGUGAUGACGAUGAAGCCACAUCCACUAGCGAUGACCAGGAAGGAACGUCAACUGAUGAUGAAGGACCUGCAGAAACAGGAGAAGAUGAUGAAGGUACUAGCACGAGAACCAGGCAUAGAGGUGAUACUACAGUAACCAAAACGAUAAUAAUAACGGAGACACCUAAGCCUGCAGGUUCGUGUGAAGCACCCAGAAUGACAGAUGAACCCGACACUGAGAGCGACACAAGCGAGACUGAAAGCGAUAACCUGACAAGCGAGACUGCAUCGGAAGAUCAGCCAGCGGAGACUGGGACGGAAGACCAGCCAAAUGAGACAGCAACAGAGGAUCAACCAGGUGUCACAGCAACUGAAGAACAGCCAAGCGAAACUCCAAGUGAGGAUCAACCAAACGAACCUGAAAGCACUUGCGAAAGACCAACAGCAACGGAAGGUGUUAAUGAAGGCGAACCUACUAGCUCAUGCGAUCAACCCUCGACUACGGAGAAUGAUGAGGCAAGGACUUCCGCACCGGAGGCCCCUGCACCAGAAGAGCCUAGCACCUGUGAAAAUCCUACUACAACUGGGGAACAAGAUUCAGAGUCACCAACAAGCGAACCGGAAUGCUCCAGUUCUAGCGAAGCACCCUCAAUUACGGAAGAUCUAGGUGAUCAACCAACAAGUGCACCCGAAAGCACGUGCGAAAACCCUGCCAUAACAGAAGCACCUGAAACUGAGGAACCAGUUGGAAAUGAACCUAUUACUGACUCCAAUGGUAGUUGUCCUUUCAGAGAUGCACCGAUGACAGAAUCUGAAGGAUCGAACCCAGACCAGGAUGGAAGUCAAGAAACAGCAACCGCCACUGACAAUGUAAUUGUGACUGAAUCACCAUCUGAGAAUGAUGGUCCAUCACAGACUCAGACUGAAGCACCUACUGAAACCGACCCUGGAGCAACCGAAGAUGAUGAGGCACUGGAGGAAGCACAGAGGGAAGCUGCCGAAAAGGACCCACCUGUCGACGAUCCAUCAGUUACUCAAUUACCAGAUCCUAAACGUAUAGAGGCUCCUUCUCCACGGUUAACUAUUAUAGCUCCAUCACCAAUUGAGGGAAACUCUGAUUACGUACCUCCAACUGAUUCAGAAUCACAAGAAAGCCCAACCCCUGCUCCUUCUCCUGUUCCUUCACCUAUAGCCUCUGAACCAGAAGACGGUAUUACAAGUACGGAAGAAUUACAGACAACGGAGACACCCACUACAGAGGCUAGUAGUGAACCAUAUGUUGCUCCACCUGUCACUCAAGCCAAGGAUGCUAUAGAUUCAGAAGCCUCACAAACAGAUGGUAAUGCAACGGUAGAUCCUACAACAACAGCACCCGGUGAUGAGGCAAUUACGUCGAAUUCUCCAGUUAGUGAUGAUGUGAAGCCAACCGAACAGCCCACGGAAGUACCUAAUGAACCAGCAAAAGAGGAACCUCCAAAGGAAGAAGUAAAAGACGAUUCUGGCAAAAACGAUCCUAAUGACAAGGUAAAUGAAAAAGACACUGAUAAAGGUAAUGAUACGCUGCCUAAGGAUGAUUCAGUUCAACUGCCAAAAGAAGAGGAAAGUGGACAGUCUACACUGCCACUACCAGUUACGACAACGGAUGAGUUGACAGGAAAUCCAACUCCAGUAGAUAUAUUGAAACCAGAAUACAGCAACUCAACGCAAAUCAUCAGUAACACACCUGCUCCAAGUGUCAGUGGUACAGAUGAAGGAACAAAACCUUCGAAAACGCGCAAGAAAUGGAGAAUGACUAAAAGGCCCACAAUUACAAAGAUUCCAGAACUACCGCCUUUCACAACUAUAAAUAUGAAUUUCACCGAAACCAUUGACUUCACCUUCACAUCUCCACAGAAACAUAUAAGUCUACUAUCAUCAACAAAAUCAACGAAACUACAAAAAGAGAAACCAACCCAGGUGCCCAAAGAAAGUACCACUGCAAACGAAUCGAAAACAGAUGUAACACCUAUUGAGGAGAAAAUAACAUCAACGUCGACGACAAAAGAAACCGAGACUUCAAAAGAAUCGAAGACAGAGAUAGUACCAGCAUCUAUUGAAGAUAAAACUACAUCAACGUCACAACCAACGUCUAUUGAGGAUAAUCCUGAAUCACCGGUACCAACAUCACUUGAGGAUAAGCCUGCAUCAUCACUGGCACCAACAUUGAUUGACGAUAAAGAUGCACCAACAUCUAUUGAUGAUAAACCUGCACCAACAUCUACUGACGAUCAACCUGCAUCAUCACUGGCACCAAAAUCUACUGAAGAUAAACCUGCACCAACAUCUAUUGAAGAUAAACCUGCACCAACAUCUAAUGACGAUAAACCUGUACCAACAUCUAAUGACGAUAAACCUGCAUCAGAAGCACCAACAUCUACUGAGGAUAAAACUACAACACCACCAGUACCAACACCAACUUCGGCGUCAAAAGAAACCUCUUCUGCAAAAGAGUCGAAAACUUCGGUAGGAUCUGAGGAGAAACCAAAACCAACAAAAGAAACUAAACCAUCCGACAAUACUAGAAAGGAUUCUCCACUUGAUUGGAAAUUGCCACCACCAGCAAGAUCGAACCAAAACUUUACAUAUCCGAUUGUUUUCCCACCAAGUGGUCACACGAUAAGAAUGAAAGAUAGAACCAAAUUUCCUCAGACCCCGGAGGAUUUAGCAAAACCUACCCCAAUAAACAAGCCAAUUCCAGUAGGAGCUAUCGAACAACGUAAUGCUGCUGAAAAUGAGAUGGUUAUAGCGUUAUCUUCAAGAGAUCUUCCUGUUGAAACCGAUGGCGUUCAACCAGAAGUUGGAAGCCCAGGUGGAGCUGUAGAUCAACCAAACCAACUGCAGCAGAAACCAAACUUUGAAGCAGCUGCACCAGCUGGGGCCAAAGAUCUACAAAACCUUGAAGGGAAGCCGCAAACUAUCGUCCGCGACAUAACAACAGAUGAGAUCCCCAAGUACACCAGAACAGGCCCAAUCGAGCCAGAACAUGCGCAAGCUUCAGCAAGCGUAACCAGUACCAUAGUCGCCACUAAGCCGGUUUACUAUACCUUUAACAGCACCUUCCCAACCGGUAGGAGAUUGGAGAAGUUUUACGGUAACAGAACAAACGGCACAUUUGUUGUUGACACAAACAUUACGAACAAAGCAACAGGCUUAAACCCAUGGUCUAUCGUCAGUGGAGUUAUUGUUUUGAUUAGUAGCGCACUUCUAUUAUGA